AUGCCUCCUCGUCGUAGUACGAAGCGGGCGUACUCAAAGCCCCCUUUGGACCCUGAGGAAUCUACGAAGAAGCGGAAAACGACCAACGGUAAAAGGGAGGUUUCUUCCCCUGCCUCUGAUUUUUCAUCAGACGAACUUGAAAGUCAAUUGCCCGUCGUGCCAGAGGACCACGACUACAUUGACUACAGCAUGAUGUCUCAAAGUGUCCAAGAUGAAGCGUAUUCACGCCCUCCGAGACAACAGCGAUGGAAACACGAUGGGACCAAACCUAUUACCGAUCCAGCGCUUGUCCCGGAAGGUUGGAACGCGGACGAACUAGAUCUUGACGUCAAUGAUAUCGAUAGUCAAGUUGAGAGAUGUAUGGAGAGGAUCAGUGAGGGAAUCUUGCCGGGUUUCUUCAAGUUCAGACUUUCACAAUAUGAGAAAAGAAGGGCUGCUCGCGAUGAAAUGGUCCAUUCUGAGCCGGCCGGACUCAGCUUGGAUAUCGUUCGACGCCUGGGCCAUUUGAAAGCUAUCGAGACACAUCUCACCACGAAUGAGGACCCGGAUAAUCAGCUUCCCAAUGUCAAGGCUCUCAGCAAAGCUUACAGGGAAGGAAAAUUGGGGUGGUCGAGAGGAUGGGUGAGCUACUGGUCGAAGGGCAUGCAGCUCAAUGCGCCCCAUAAGUUUGACGUCGAUGUUCAUAAGAACAUGGCUGAGCAGUACGACACCACUAAGGCGUGGUGGGUGGAAGGUUUCCCGGUGCAUGUAUCGGCUGAUAGUCAACUUCCUGGUGCUAAUGGCCUCACCCUAUACGUGUGCCAUGAUACUGGUGCCGAUAUUAUGGCGAUACCUCAAUGCUAUAUAGACCAGCUGGAGUCGCUAGGUAUCCCCGUUCCAGUUCAUGGCUAUAAUAUUAUGGAAACACCUGGCUCUUCAUCAUGUCACAAGGUUGUGGAGGUUGACGUCCGUCUGACCGACAACAACGGCCAACCUUUGACCCAUUGGAUGAAAAUACAGGCCUGUGUCAUCCAAUCUAGGCCCGGGGAGCACUUUGGAAUGCUUCUUUCGGGGCCUUUUGUGCGGUUCGCGCUCUACACUGCUACAUGCCCAGAUGGACAGGGACUUCUCUAUGUUUGUAAUCACAAGAAGGAGCUAAGGCAGCUGCCAGCCAUGCCGGGCGACUUUGUGCCAAGGGGACCACCAUUUGUGGCUACCACCCGUCCAGCUCCGGACGGUGGAGAACCACCCUACUUUUUACUACAAGAGACGCAACGCAUGAGACCGGCAACAAUGCAGCCACCCCAAAUUCCGCUACCAGCGAAGACACCAGCGAGAAGAGGGAGAAGAAAGGGGAAGGGAGGGGGCCCUUAG